UCGUUCGUCGGCCGCUGCUCGGCAAGUUGGUCAGGAAUUGUCCACGGGAUCCCCCGAUUACCCCGCCCCGUUUCCCAACCAGCAUGAUGCAGCUACUGGACAAGGUUUUGAGUUUCUGGUCAUAUUGGUGGUUCCGAUAUCUCAUGAUAACGGAGCUUUACAUGGUCGAAAGUUGGGAGCGUGUCACGAUCCAUGUGUUCCUGUUUGUCAUAUUCUUGCUUCAGUGGUACUUCAACUGCUCCGUGCUCCUUCCGUUCACCGGCCGCUUGUUCGGCAUACUACCCGUGGAUCAGCAACUUCCCUCGGUCUCGCGGUCCGGCUAGCCGAGGCGAAUCGUACCGGCCCGGGGGGGCACCGUGGACGCGCGACACCGACCGACUGCGUGUUACAAAAGGCAUAACCGCAUUGAGAAGUAUUUUGGCUUGCGCCGUUCGGCAGCGCUGCCGCGAACAGGGCUAAUCUCAUACACUCUAUCCUUAGUCGACCCACAACCAACCAAGAAUCUGACUUUGAUUUGUUGUACGUGAAAAUCUUAUGCUCGUUUUUUGCUUAUGUAGUGUUUUAAACGAAACGAUCUGUCCGGCAACUGACUGGAAAUACAGAGGAAUGUGAAACUA